AUGAAGUUCCUCACCGGUCUCUCCUGCUUCGCCGCGCUCGCCAGCGCCGUGGUCGUCGACCUCAACAAGCGCGAUAGCCCCCUCGACGUCAAGAUCGAGGCCGUCGGCAACUCCGGCGUCAAGGCCAGCAUCACUAACACUGGCGCUUCCGACCUGAAGGUCUUCAAGACCGGCUCCAUCCUCGACAAGCUCGCCGUCGAGAAGGCCGAGGUCUUUGCCGGCUCCGAGAAGGUCGCCUUCGACGGCAUCCGCCUCCGCCUCCAGACCGCCGGCCUCGCCGAGGACGCCUUCGAGGUCAUCCCCGCCGGCCAGACCGUCUCCGUCGAGUGGGACGUUGCCGAGGUGCACGACCUCUCCGCCGGCGGCACCUUCGACGUCGCGGCCAAGGGCUCCUUCUCCUACGCGGACGCGGACUCGACCGACAUCGCCGGUACCGCUCCCUUCGCGUCCAACGUGCUCUCCGUCGCCGUCGACGGCGCCGCCGCCGCCAAGGUCCGCCGCGACUUCCACGAGCACGUCAAGCGCACCGUCGUCCAGAGCGACUGCACCGGCACCCAGCGCACCGCGACCACCAACGCGCUGAGCAACUGCCGCUCCCUCGCUGCUGCCGCUUCCUCUGCUGCCGUUUCGGGCUCCGCGGCCAAGAUGACCGAGUACUUCAAGUCCAGCACGACUGCUACCCGUAACACUGUCGCUGGUGUCUUUGCCAAGGUCGCUAGCGAGUGCGGCUCGACCACUUCCGGUGUCUCUCGCCAGUACUGCACGGAUAUCUACCCUGCCUGCUCUUCGGGUGUCAUCGCCUACACGCUGCCCAGCCAGAGCUACAUGGUCAACUGCCCGACUUUCUUCACCAUGACUGCGCUGUCCCGCACCUGCCACGCCCAGGACCAGGCCACCACCGCCGUCCACGAGGUUACCCACCUGUCCCAGAUCAAGGGAACCACCGACCAGUCUUCCUGCUACGGAUACUCUUGCGUCCAGAGCUUGACCGCUGCGCAGAACCUCAACCACGCCGACACCUACUCUCUCUUCGCCAACGCCAUCUACGUCGGCUGCUAA